AUGGAUAUCGCCAUCCUCGCCAUUCCAGGUCUAGGCGCGACAGAGCCUCACAAGUUAUAUGCUCUUGCUUUACUUUUUGGUGUCGGUUGUAUUUUCGCGGGCACGAUGUUAUAUUACCUGCAACGUAAGACAAAGAUGUUCAUCGUCAUUACAGGCAUACCAACUUCUUUCUGUGUACUGAGUGUAACGGGUUCCAUUCUCGGGUUUCUCUCAGGUGUCGUCACAGACUUCAAGCCUUCCGCGCCGGUAAUGAUUGCAUCCCUUACUACACUCGGCAUUGUGAACUUCCAUAACAAUGAACAGGGCCAAAAUGUUAUUCUACAGAUCCAACAGUACGCUGGACGCUGGGCCAUAAGAGGCAUUGUCACUGUUGUAUUCACCAAGGAUGAUGUAGGGCCGUAUGCGUUGUUGCGCAAAUCAGCAACUUUGAUGGAAGUGCGCUCUGUCCAAAAUCUGGACUGGGCAAUGGCAAAGCGCACUUCAUUGUGCAGACGGCCGGACACUGAAAAUGUAGACAGUGUCGUGCACGUUGUGGGAGGACGUACAGCCUACCUCAACAAGGUGUCCAGGGCCGAAGAGAUGCUGCAAGCUGCCAAGGAUCUCUUUACAAAAAUCACAACCAUUUCAUGCUGUAACCGCUGGUUGUUGGACAAGACCUUUCUCAGCCAGGUGUUGCACAAUAGUCUCCACCUGCCAAUCAAAUCAGCUGGAGAGCUAUCUGAGUGGAUUCCUGGGACGUACAUUUGCCGCGGUCAUGCAAAUUUACAAGUCCCACCACUUAGUGAACGGAGCACCAGUGUCCUCGUUUGUCUGCUCUACAUCACCAAGACCACUUGCUAUGCCUUGAACGUCAUCUUGUUGUCCUGCUGCAUCGAACCAGAUGAACUUAUCGACAUGAUCAAUCGACCCUUUCAGAUGUCCUUGCUCUAUCAUUUUUCGUGCCGUUGUCUCUGUGGCUCCAGGUGUUAG